AUGCCGACGCAUGGUCAGAUGAUGGUGAGUGUAAUUUCUGAGGAUAAAAGCAAAAUUGGGGUGACGGAUGUGGAUCAGUUGAGGACCCCAAUGUCUGUGGUCAAGAGACAUUUGUUAAAGAAUGGAGUUUUUCUUGGUUGUGAUAAUUAUUAUGCUGCUUGUACUAUAACUGCAAAUGGGUGUGUAAUGUUGAGGGAGGCGCUUCAGAAAAUGAUGGAUGGGGGGAGUCUCCGAUUCAAGAAAUUUGCUUUGGAGAAUGAGGAUAUUUCAACGAUAACCAUUUAUUUCGAUCUUGUCCACUUGUCAGUGCCGGAAGAUGUGGUUACAAUUACCAUCACGGUACCUGGACCUAUUCCGUAUGAAAGUGAUGGUGUUGUGCCAUGGGACUAUGGUGGUGAUGUGUAUUGCAAUGGGAAAAAGAAGGAAGAUCAGGCUGCAGUUGAUACCACCGUUUCAAGGGUGGACAAUGUCGGGCUUAGUGGUUUCACUCACAGCGGGAGGUUGUUUGCACCUAACACGUUGAGAGGUGGUGAUGUAGAAAAAGAACAGAGAGAUAAGGCUGAGGAUUUAGCCAGGGCAAAAGAAAAGCAGGUGGUGAAUGAGGAUACUCCUAGAGCGGCACAGGCGCCUGUUGAGCCGGAAAGUGAGUUUGAUGCUGAAGCCGAGGAGUUUUUGAGAAUUAUUAAGAAGUCUGAGUACAAACUUGUUGAUCAUUUGCAGCAGACUCUGUCCAAAUUUUCGAUCUUAUCUUUGCUGUUGAGUUCAGAAGGUCAUAGAGAUGCUUUGUUGAAGAUUUUGAAGAGGGCCUACGUCCCGCAAGAGAUUACAGUCAAUCAAUUAGAGACAGUGGUAUCGAGUGUUAAUGCCAGCCAUGGGUUGGGUUUCACUGAUCUCGAUCUUACUAUGGAUGGGCGCAAUCAUAAUAAGGCACUACACAUUUUGAUGGAGUACUGUGAGGGAUUGAUUUUGAGGCCUACUGAUCUGGUGGUUAGAGCGUUUGAUGGCUCUAAAAGGGCUGUGUUCGGGGAAGUUGAGCUCCCCAUAAAGAUUGGUCUUGAGGUGUUCAAAGUUGUGUGUUGUGUCAUGGACAUUCAGCCGGCAAACAGCUGUUUGUUGGGCCGUCCGUGGAAACAUGCUGUUGGGGCAGUAACAUCGGCUCUACAUUAG